UUCUGACUUAUAUGAAGCUUCUGUGUAGGAGGCACUGACCUUGGAGGAUGUAUUUGUGAACUUCAGCACAGAGGAGUGGGCUUUGCUGAAUCCAUCCCAAAAGAACCUUUACAGAGAUGUGAUGUGGGAAACAUUUAAGAAUAUGACUGCUCUAGGAAGGACCUGGAACAAUCACCAAGUUGAAGAAGAAUACAAUAUUUGCUCACAAAAUCUAAGCAGUGAAGAGGUAGCAGCAUGGUAUCAGUAUAAGCCUUGGACUCAACAUGAAAAAAUAUUCCUUUGGACUCCAGAUGCUAAUGUGCAACAAGCUGCUUUAAAGCCAGCUGAAAGACUUGUUUGUAGAAAGCCCUUGAUUAAGCAUUUAUCAAUAAAUAUGCCCAUUUUACCUUACUUUGGACUGAAGCCACAUGAAUAUUUAGAAUUUGAUGAGAAGCUAAGUAAAUGUGAUGAACAUGGGAAAACCUGCAGUGAUCUCCAGUGCUUUCAGAAGCAUGCAAGGACAGAGAAUGGAGAGAAAGCCUAUCAACAUGAGCAGUGUGGGAAAUCCUACUCUGAACUUAGGAAAAAUCCUUAUACUGGAAAGAAGACCAUUAUAGGUAAGAAAAAUGUGAAGGCCUCCAAGACCCCCAGUGGUGUUCAGAUACAUGACAGAAUUCACACUGGGAAGAAACCAUACAUAUGCAAGCACUGUGGGAAAACCUUCAAUACUCAAAGUUGUUAUAAAAUUCAUGAAAUAUUUCACACAAAACAGAAACCCUAUGUAUGUAAACAAUGUGGAAAAGGAUUCAAUCAUAAGUCUGCAUUUCGUAGACAUAGACGAACCCACACUAGUGAGAAACCAUAUGAGUGUAAGCAAUGUGGGAAAUCAUUCAGCAGAUACAGUUAUUGUAAAAUACAUGAAAGAAGUCACACAGGAGAGAAACCAUAUGCAUGUAAGCAAUGUGGGAAAGCAUUCACCUCACAGAUGUGUUACAAAAUACAUGAAAGGUAUCACACUGGGCAGAAGCCUUAUGUGUGUAAGCAAUGUGGGAAAGCAUUCACUAUUCAGAGUAGUUGUAAAAUACAUGAAAGAAUUCACACUGGGGAGAAACCGUAUGUAUGUAAGCAAUGUGGGAAAGCAUUCAGCAGACAUAGUAAUUGUAAAAUACAUGAGAGAGUUCACACUGGGGAGAAACCCUAUGUAUGCAAGCAGUGUGGGAAAGCAUUCAGUGUACACAGUACCUGUCAACGCCAUGAAAGAAUUCACACUGGGGAGAAACCAUAUGUAUGUAAACAAUGUGGAAAAGCAUUCAGUGUACACAGUUACUGCCAAAGACAUGAAAAGACUCACACUGGGGAGAAACCGUAUGUAUGUAAGCAAUGUGGGAAGGCAUUCACUACACACCGUUAUUGUCAAAUACAUGAAAGAAAUCACACUGGGGAAAAACCUUAUGAGUGUAAGCACUGUGGAAAAGCAUUCACUACAAAGAGUUAUUAUAAGAUACAUGAAAAAAGCCACACAGGGGAGAAACCUUAUGUUUGCAAACAAUGUGGGAAGGCAUUUCCUACCCACCAAUAUUGUCAAAUACAUGAAAAAACCCACACUGGGGAGAAACCUUAUGUGUGUAGGCACUGUGGGAAAGCAUUCACUACACAUAAAUAUUGUCAGAUACAUGAAAGAACUCACACAGGGGAGAAACCUUAUGUGUGCAAGGAAUGUGGAAAAGCAUUCAAUAUGAAGAGUUCUUAUAGCAUACAUGAAAAAAGUCACACAGGGGAGAAACCUUAUGUGUGCAAGCAGUGUGGGAAAGCAUUCACUAUACGCAAAUAUUGUCAAAGACAUGAAAGGACUCACACAGACAAGAAGCCCUGUGCAUGUAAGCCAUGUGGAAAAAGAUUUGCCAGUAAGUCCUCAUAUUAUAUACAUAGAUCUCACACUAGCGAGGAACCCUUUGUAUACAAGCAAUGUGGGAAAAGUGUACAAUAAAUGGGAUUUUUUUCUCCCUUUUCCCCUACUUUCCUUUAAUCACCAUUUACAAAACCAGCUUUUCAAUUUUUUCUUUUUUCAACUUUUCCUUCUCCCCUCAUCACAUUUGAACAGUUUUUCUCAACCACAUGAAAGUCACUGGUGAGAAACCCUAUAUAUGUAAGACUGUUUUGAAAAUCCUAUAAAAUUAUUCAUGUAGUGGAGACCUGAACAAAUUAAAUGAAAAUUUGAUGUCAGUGUUACAUCAUACUUUUUUCAGAAGAUACACUGUCAGGUGGAGAUAUCCUAGAAGAUAUUCCUUCUGAAUUUUUCAGUAAAUUACUUAUAAACAUCUGAGUUGUGUAUCUAUAGACUUUACCAUAAAAAUAAUAUUAACUAUUUUUAUGUAAGUCAUUGUCUUUGAUCUUUUUUUUUUUUUUUAAUGUCUUUUUUUAAAAUCGGUACCGGGGAUCAAACUCACAACCACCUGCUUGCAGGGCAGGUUCUUAUGCCUGUUUCAUGAUUGAUGGAGGGCCAGAGGUUUAGCUCAGCAGCACUAGUGCCUGCCUGGUAAGCACGAGGUCGUAAGUUCUUCCAGUACAAAAAAAAAAAAUUGACGGAAUUUCCCUCUACCUUUGAUUUUAUUUUCUUUGUAUACAUACUUCAUGUUCUGUGGAAAAAGAUAAACUUGAUAUUAUAAUAUAUAUGUAUUUAUAUUUAGACUGGCAAACCUGUUUUUGAAAACUUCAGUUGUUUUGAUACAGUUUGGAAAUUAGCAGAUGUUUUGAUUUUCAUACCCUAACAAGAUACCUACAUAUAUCCCAACAUAUUUCUCUUGUAUCAAGUACAUAAUGUACCUUACCAUGCUUGUUUAUGAUAUUAUAAUUUACAUAAAAUUUUGUUUUCCUAUCA